UAUCAUCAUUAUUUUAUCUAACAAUAAAUUCCACCAUCUUUUUCCCAUCACUAUUCUUCACUUCAAGAACAAUCCACUUUCAAAUUUUCCCCAAAUUUUGCCAAUUAUUUUUCAAAUUUGCUAAUCUUACGAUUUUUGUUCUAUUGAUGUAAUUUAAAACCCUUAAAAUCAAAAUUAAAUUGAAAAUACCCAAAAUGUAUGCCAAUGAUCAACAUUUAAGCGUACCAUCUUCUCCUACUCAUUUGCAAGAAUCUCAAAUCUUAAUCGACGAUAACGGAGCUAUUCAAGGUGUUGAAAACUCUAUUGAUGAUGGGUCUUUAGCUUUUGAUGGGGAUUCAGUUUACGCUGUUGAUAAUUAUGGAAGAAUUGAAGAUUGUGACAAGCUUACGUUGUCUUUUCGCGGACAAAUUUACGUUUUUGAUUCCAUUACUCCUGACAAGGUUGAAGCAGUUUUAUUGGUUUUAGGGGGGAAUGUAGGAGGGGUUACACCAUCUCCAGCUUCAGAAAGUUCAGAAGUGCCUCGUGUAGGAGUAGGACAUAUGAGCCAGCAGGAUAUGAUGGUAUAUCCAGGACGUAGUAGUCAUCCACAACGCGAGGCAUCCUUGAAUAGGUUUCGUCAGAAGAGAAGGGAGCGUCGGUUUGAUAAGAUAAUUCGGUAUAACGUUCGUCAGGAAGUGGCACUUAGGAUGCUGCGUACCAAGGGACAAUUUACUUCUAAGAAGGGGGAUGAAUCUUCUGGCUGUAAUACCCAAGAUUCAGGUCCUGAUGAUACACAGUUAGAAACAUUAUGUGGUCAUUGUGGCAUCAGUUCGAAGUCAACUCCAAUGAUGCGGCGUGGACCAAAUGGGCCUAGGACGCUUUGUAAUGCAUGCGGCCUUGCAUGGGCUAACAAGGGUACUCUGAGGGAUCUUUCAAAGAAACAAAAUCAAUUUACGAUGCCAAGUGAAGUGGAUGUUGCAUCCCCAUUUAGAGCAACUGAUAUUCUCGGAGAAGCGAAAUAUGCUAACUUAGAAGAAAGUGACAGUUCGACAUUGAUGGCACAAAAUUAAUACUCAGUUGCUUGUGUUGUUUCUGCGCGAAUGCUGUUACUGCUGUUGGCAUCCCGAGCAUAGUGGAAUAGUGCUUUGUAAUCCUCAGCAACUGUACAUAUAUACUAGUAUAUAUAUCAGGGCUUUGUCGUAAUGCAGAAUUGACUUGUUACAAAUGGCACUCGGAAAUUGUGAAAGAAAUAUAGUCAGAAUACUGGAUGUUA